AGGGUCUCUUAUUAUAAGUGAGAAAGAAGCAGUAGUAGCCAGAGAAGUUUGAGUUUGAAAUUUGGAUCGUGAAAAAGAUCAGAGAAAUAAUGGGAAGAGCUCCUUGCUGUGACAAGGCAAAUGUGAAGAGAGGGCCAUGGUCACCUGAAGAAGACACAAAGCUGAAAGAGUACAUAGACAAGCAUGGAACUGGUGGAAACUGGAUCGCUCUUCCUCACAAAGCUGGUCUAAAGAGGUGUGGAAAAAGUUGUAGAUUGAGAUGGCUUAACUAUUUGAGGCCUAACAUUAAGCAUGGUGAAUUCUCAGACGAGGAAGACAGAAUAAUCUGCAGUCUUUAUGCUAAUAUUGGAAGCAGAUGGUCAAUUAUAGCAGCACAGUUGCCAGGAAGGACUGACAAUGAUAUCAAGAACUAUUGGAACACCAAGCUCAAGAAGAAGCUCAUGGCUUUGCUUCCGAGUCAUCAUCAUAAUCAACAA